CUUAAAUAUGGGCCUCCAUUUCCGCUUUUGGAACUUGGCAUCGUGGCCCGGGCCGCUCUGAGCAAGGGUAUUAGGUAGUGAAACAGAGUAUAAAGCGAACUAGCCGUGCUUAUUCAUACUUAUUCGUUUUAUGCUGGUGGUACUAAUUGAAAAUCGGUUAUGUAAGUCUAUUAAGGUAUAGCGACAAGUAGGAUCUAAUCUAGUAAGGAUACAGUAGGGAUUAAAACGAUUAAGGGGUUAAGAAAUCUGGAAAUAGGUACUAAAUAUAGAUAGUAUUCCAAACGCAGCGUAGCAUCUCCAUUGCUUCCCAUUACUUAAUGCUUUAUAUCCGCGGAUAGUCUCAAUCAUGAAAACUCGUCGAAUUUACUAUCUACCCUUACGAUUCUCGCGAGUCUCGAGACGGGAAAAAUGGGGCAAAAAUUACGCUACAACCCCCUUCUUAAUGAGGAUAUUCGAGUUAUUAAGCUGCUUACACAAGUAGAUGAUCCAACUCAUGCAGACGGGCCUGUACACUGCCAAAUCGUGCAUGUCUCACUCCAUGAUUCUCAUCGAAUUGACGGCUCCAAGACUGCGGUAAAAGGAUCCAAUGGUGUCUGGCCCGUGACGGUGGUUGAUGCCGACGGUGAAUCCAGAGCAUCACAGCCAGUGAGCUACAACGCGCUAUUUGAAACUGGCUUAGCGGAACGCGUCAUCCCGUUUGCUCGCCAUCCUGAAACGCGGUACUUUGAGAGACCCAACUUUCUAAAAAGCAAACCAAAGACCAAGUCUAAGCAUAUUGCACCAGCAUGGGACUCAAGCGAAGAUCCAGAGGCCGACCUGCCUUGGCGAUAUACGUGGGGUGAUUUUGUCGCUUUAUCUUACGUCUGGGGAGAUCAAUCUAUCAGAAAGGAAAUCUAUGUUGAUGGUGUCCCCGUCUCGGUAACGGCUAGCCUUGAGUCGGCCUUACGAGAACUGCGAAAUCAUAUGCGUAUCCAGCAGGGGUUUUACGUUUGGGUCGAUGCGUUAUGCAUUAACCAAGAAGAUCUCGAUGAGCGUUCCGCUCAGGUGGGGCGAAUGAAGGAAAUUUACCAUACUGCAUGGCACGUCGUCAUAUGGCUUGGACCCGAAGCCAAUCGCAGCGACCUGGCGAUGCUGGCGCUUCGAUAUAUGAGUGUUGAAUCGGAACGGGGAGAUGUACUAUCUAAACUGUACAAACGAGUCGAAUUUUACGUUGUUCGGUUGCCGUUUAUGCAAUGGAAGCAUGAACAUACAGCCCUGCAAAUACGGAAAGGUGCGCUCAAUGCCAUCCAUCAUCUCCUUUCUAGACCAUACUGGCGCAGACUCUGGAUUAUCCAAGAAGUCGUUCUAGGGUCUAGGAACUCGCCUGUGCUAUGUGGUAGUAGUUCUAUCCUGAUUAGAGACAUUUUUCGUUCGCUGCGGAUCAUGGAAGCGGAUGGUGAUGCUCUAGGCCAAUACAUCAUUAUGUCUGCCCGAGGGGCAGACAUCCUUACACGGAAAUGGAGUUUUAAAGAAGAUCCCUAUGAGAUCUCUGAGAAGUUAUGGGAAAGGCCGGUCGCAAUGGCAGCAUUACAAGCCUUGGAUACAAAUCUAUCGACAACAAAUAAGGGCGUAUACGACGCCCUGCUACUCAGUCGAGAAGCGAAGGCUACCGACGAAAGGGACCGCGUCUACGGGAUCCUUGGACUUCCUCAUCUCGCAAGACUUGUCAAGAUCCACCCCGACUAUAAUCUCACGGCAUCCCAAACCUUCAUCCUUUUCUCGGCACACCUCAUUUCGAGCGGAAAUCUGAAUGGUUUACGGCUGGUGAACAGUCCAAUUCCACCAAUAGGUACUAAAUACAUAAAAUCAACGCACUUCUCGCGGCCGCGCGUGCCUCGAUUGGUCCAUGGACACCGGACCAUUCACGCAGGCUGCGAGCAUGGCCUGCCCUCUUGGGUAAUCUGCUGGUCAUGCCCACGCAACCCUGCACAACCGUUCAACCACCGUUCCAGCUCUCUGCCUAAUUUUUCGUCGCUCCCGUCGCCGUCGCCCCCUCGAAUAGCUGAUGACCGAUUUCUCACGACAAAGGGGCUUAUAUUCGAAGACAUUACAAGCCUAAGCGCCUUCCAUGCGACAGAAUCUUCAAAAUCUUACCCAUUUUCCGCACAUGACCCGCCAUCUAGCCCUUACGGCUCGCGCGACUCGACUCGCUUAGCCUUUGCACGACUUCUCACUAACAAUGAUCCAUCAGGCCCAGACCCGGAACUGCUUCUCCUCCCACGGCUCUGGGAAACUGGAAUCAUGGGUGUCGAUGCCAAUGUGUUCGGAGUCAAGGACUUCUACUAUCGAAACCUGAGCUUGCGGCUUUGGGAUGCAUGGACCAUCGACGGCUUAAUUCGCGACAAGAAACAAAGCCAAUACAUGAACCGUGUCCGUGAGAGUGCAAGUACAGCUCCUAGGAUCGCACGUAUCACACCGAAACAUCGGGAAGCGCUGAACACAGCUAUGCGGAUGCUUGCGUGGCGGCGCCUAGUUACCACCCGCAGCGGCUACAUGGGUCUUGUACCUGCGGCGACGCAGCCUGGGGAUGUGGUAGCCGUUUUGGUCGGGUGUGACGCGCCACUGAUACUGAGGCCAGAGCUUACUGGGCAGUAUUCAGUUGUUGGUGAGGCCUUUAUGCAAUGGGUGACGGGAGGAGAAGUGCAGCAGCGGCUAGAGAAGGGGGCUUGUACGAUAGAGGACAUACGUAUUUGCUAGGAUAAGCUACCUAGUUUAAUAGGCUCGUGGCUUCAGUGUCCAAAAUACCUUAUUCUGGAUUUACAGGGGACUACUCAACCGACGGGUGCUUGAAUUCAACUGUUACCCCCACAGCUCCCCCAUUUCUUCAGUUACGUGUUACCUUAGGGGUAUGGCUUCGACAUGUGCAGACAAUCAGAUAGAUGCUGUGCGAAACAGUAGUGCUACCAUAGAGAAUGGUGUUAUAACGUCAUCUGCCCCUCCGCCGGAAACGUGCCCGGAGUUUCCUCCUAGUUUGGAUAAGGAGAUGGAAGUCAAUGUUUAAGGAGGGGAUGUAUUCGCCGUGGGUGCAAACUGGAGCUAUGAUAAUUCGGUCCACUAUCUCCAGAUGUGUCUAGGUAAUUAAUGUGGUUUGAAUCCGAGCUACAGAAUGUAGCUAUCAAUUGACGAGAAAUAUGAAGAGGAAAAGUUCUAUACGUGAUAUUGUUGCAAGAAAUAGCUAAACCGAAAAUGACAGUAAAAUAUCAUGUUCCAUUAAAUGCGGGGGCGGAGUUCGGAGUUGGUUGUGGGUAAUGAGAG